CGCGCAGCGUCACGCAACGCAAAAUGGCAGCGCGAAGAAAUUUGUGCCGCCCACCUCGUAAUCGUCGUUCGCACCGCCACGGUGACGGUCAAUUUCCCCGUUGCAAACUUUCCUUCGCCGAACGGCGAACGCGUGUCCGCUCUAUCCUGGCACAUCGUCGCGGUGUGUAGGCGCGUAUCGAAGCCUCGAACUAUCGCGCCGCAACGGCUCGGCCGCGGCCAUUCCGUUUCGGGGGUUCCGCCCACCAUCAGCAGCGGGAAGAAGCUAUCCAUCUUCUUUUUCGCGGCUCGAUCGAUGAUCGAGAGGACGUUCGCGGCAAAGGUCGCGAUUACGUGAGUGAUCCAUCGCAAGCGAGCGACUGACUGCCUCGAGUGGUGCGCGUUACCAGGGUCGGUGAACCGUUACGACAGUGGACAGGUACCCCGGAUCUCGCGAUUUUGAGGUCAGUGAGAUCGGUUAAUGUCCUGCGGGGAAGCGGCGAGACACAGCCAGAUGGGAUUACGAGGUAAACCGAAAGUAUUAAUUUAUCAGCAAUUAUUCAGAACAAAGGAUAAUUGGGAGAUUUAAUUAGACGGUCUGUUUCGUCAUCAUUCUGAAUAAAAAAGAGCGCUUAUUUAUUCAUAAUGAUAGGAAUAUAGCAAUGGUCGAUAUUGGAAUGUAGCAUAUAUUUUGUCGUUGCGCGGUUAAUUAAAAUCAAUUUAAAUUUACAAGAUUUGCUACAUUCUACGUACUUUACGUACAUUUUCUUCACCUGUGACCCGGCGAUAUCCUACUUGCUCGGAUAAAUGCAUGUAAAUUAUCGUUGUUGGUCAGCGAGGUGAGUGGAAAUUAGAAAUCUGUGCGGUCGUUGCGACACGUUCUUGAUUUGACAAGAAAAAUCGAGUCUUACCUCAAGCCGAGUUAAUCCGGUAUUGAUAAAUUUAGCAGCGUUUAGUGCGUACGUGCAUCAGUGCAUAAUGGAAAAUUGAGGAUUUGUCGUUAAUCGGCAAACGUGUCAGAGAAAACAUUGAGUAAAUCAAUAUUCACGCAUGUUUGACUUCAGUCUUCUUCAUAAACGCGCGUCAUAAACACACAUAAUUCUUUAGACGCUCAGGAUUACUGCUCCAGCUUUGCUUACUCCACUAAUGAAUUAUUACCAGAGGAUUAUCACAAGAUUAAACGCAUCAAUAAAUAUGUACGUCAUAGACUAAUCUGAAAUACAGAUUGGAGACGACAUGCGGGUGUUCUAUGCACUCUGUGGACUGUUUUUGGCUAUUGCCAUUGUCAAUUGCAGUCCUAUUGUUAAGAGAGAAACAGAAGAGGAUCUCAAUCCACUAAACGAAGUCUAUGUAGUAGAGCUCGAUGAUGGUGAAGCAGCCGAUGGCGAAAGAGGUGACAGAGACAAGAGGAAAAUUGGUGUUACACUUGGUGUAACGAAUGGCAUACUCAACUUUGUAUUUGGCAAACUGGAUACCUUCAUAGAUUCAAAAACGAGAGCGCUCACAGUUCUCGACGAGAGCAACCGGGCGAAAAAUGCUGCUUUUGGCAUCAAUGUCAACCAAUCGGCUACGACGCGAUUCCUCAGCGAUUUGGUGUCUCAGAAGAUUCAGGCCGCAACUGGUAGUAUCGGACCGCUCAUAAACAGCGCAACGACGUUGGUCUCAGGGGCCUCAUCUGGCUUGACGAACGGCUUAAUCGCGAAAAUUGCGCCACUAAGUUCACUCUCUGGUGGUCUCUCUGGUGGUGCAGGUGGUAGCGGUGGUGCAGGAGGCAUCUUAGGAGGAGGAGGAGGUGGUGGUGGUAGCGGAUCAGCCGUCCUCGGUAACAUCCUUUCCCAGAAGAUCAACACCAUAUCGACCCUGAGUCAAAGUAGCGGUGGUCUAAGCGGCGGUCUAAGCGGGGGUAACACUGGAACGUCCGGUACUUCCGGAAGCGACGGAAGUACUGGUACAGGCGCAGGAGCCGGGAUUAAUCUCGGAGCAUUCGCCAAUUUAGGAGGGAAAACGACCACCACUACCACCGAGGAUACACCCGCCUUUGACAGGACUAAAGUGUCCUUGGAAAUACCGCCAAGUGCAUUCAGCACCGGAUUUACUUUAGUAACGAACGUUAGCAAAGUUCUCAACAGUGUUAUUCUAAACUCAGCCCGUCGAACGCAGACGUUCCUGGAGAUCUUCAAGCCGUUCUUCCGCGGCGCGUUCGCCAUAAAGGGUCUACCAUCGGACAACCCGAAGUGAAACAUCUCGUUUCUGCAUCUAGGAUCACAACGAAUUAAUUAAUUGCUCAAAUACUGUAGUUUCAAACCAAGAAACAUUCCGCAGGUUCCGAUCGCGCGUCCGUUUCCUGGAUAAACGGAUUCGUCGAUGAAAACUUGUGAAAAUCUCCAAAGCCUCGAUUGUGGAAAAAUUUGUAGCUCCGAUUUAGGUAAAAUAUAAUUAAAGGAUCUUCUCCUUUAUGGAGGAGCGGGAAUGGAGAAAUCAUUUUACUGUCAUUAUCGUAUCACUAUUACUUAUAAUGCCAUAUUUUUGUUUUAUUUUUAUUAACCUAUUAUCUAUUACCCUAUUGCAUAACUAGUAACUAUUUAUCAUGUGAUUCGAAAAUUGGUGUUAUAAGUAAAGGAUAUGUUUUUGACAGAGACAAAGAGUGAGAGCAAGAUUAUGCAUAUUAUUGUAUAGAACACAGAUAUUUAUAUACGUAUGCAUAUAAAGUAAAUAUAGAUAAAGAAUAAUUUCUGAAACGAUUUAGUUUAGAGAUUUUAUUUAAAUAACGUAAGAUGAUAUGUGAAUAACAACGAGAUCAGGAAUAGAUAGGAGCGAGAAUCAAACUAGUUUACAUUUUAAUAAGACUAGUUUAGUCCUGGUUUAGCAGAGAAUUGAAAAUAAUCUUUAAAAAAUUUUUAUUGAGAUAUACACCUCGUAAACUAAUUAUGUUGCCAUAUCUAUUUUAUUACUUGUCUAAUCGUAAGUAACAAAAGCACCGUGGUGACAUAAAUUUUUUAUUCCGUCUAAACGUACGUAACUCAAAGUGCGACUACUUGAAGAAAUAAAGACUUCUGGACUUGAUUAACACAGGUUUGUUAUGCAAUAAGCAGAUCGCAUGAAAAUUCUGUGUCAAUAACGUGCAUUCGAUUGCGUGACACCGCUCUAUGAUUUAUUACCUAGACAAACACGUGUUUCUUAUAGAAGAUCAAGCGGUCAGGGCAUCUUGAUCGGCGUUAUUGAGAACUCGACCAUGUAACAUUCUAUAACUCAUGAAAGAAUGCUGCGAAAGAACGAAGACACCUCAAGAAAGUAUAAUAAUGUUUGGCACCGAGUUUUCCUUAUCUAUUAAGUAAUAAAAAUAUCUUUUUGAGAAAGAAUUAAUCUCUAAAUUUCCAAAUUAUAGAUUAAAACAUUCCAUUGUAACAUUCUAUGCUAACAAUAAUCUAUACUAACAAUAAUUCUCUUCGUUGCGCUUGAAAAUUAAAUGCUUGAAAAUUGAAUCGACAAUGCCAUAGGUAUGUUAGAAGAAAGCGCGCGUUUGAUGGCCACCUUUUGAGUUUUAUCGCAUUCAUUCAUCGUAUAUAGUGACAUUACAAUGAAAGCGACUGAGGAAUGACGCUAUUUUGCAUGACUCUCGGGUCGGCAAUCUCUUGCGCGAUGUUGCUUUUCACACAAGUCAAUAAGGGUUACAUGUAACACAGCGCAAAAAUAAGUCACGACGUGCAAAGUCGAAGAAUUACGACAAGUGACUAUAGAGAACGCACGGUAGCAAGAAUGUAAGUGAAAAAGUCCGAGAAACUUCGCGUCUACAUAAGUAAGUUACAUAAGAGGCGCAUUUAUAUAAAAAUACACGAGAGAAAGAGAGAGAGAAAUAAAUAAAUAAAUUAUUAAAUGUUU